AUGAUAGUGAAUAAGAACAUUAUAAGGACAAAUUUUAUUAAGAACUCUAUACAAUACACACUUCGAUAUCACUUUACAGCACGAGAAAGGACAUUACCUAGAAUAAAGAACUCAACUACUAUCUUAUACACCUCACCUACGAUAACAGGACAAAGGUUAUUUUACAGUACUAAAUCUAAUGCCGCUACUAGCACUAUAGAAGAAAAUGGAGGUGGAACUACUAAUGCUGUCGCUGAUGAUGAUGUAAGAACACCUAUUGAAGAAUAUGAUAGGUUAGUGAGGAUAAAUCGAUUAAGAGAUGAUCCUCAUCAAAGAUCAAUUAUAAGUUCAUUAAGCAAUCUUUAUGAAUCUUUAAAAUAUUAUACCCCACCAUCGUCAUCACGAUCCACAUCAAUGUCAAAACUUACCGAUAUAAAGCGGAAGUUCUUAAAUAUAUUCAAUCAGAAUAAAGCCACGAAAGUUAAUGAAACUGACGUUCCAGUGGGGAUAUAUUUAUAUGGAGAUGUUGGAUGUGGUAAGACGAUGUUAAUGGAUCUUUUCUAUUCCACAAUCCCAUCUCAUCUUUCUAAGAAACGUAUUCAUUUCCAUCAAUUCAUGCAAUACGUACAUAAACGAUCUCAUGAAAUCAUAAAGGAGCAUCACCUUGAUGAUAAAAAAGAUGUUGAUUCUAUACCAAUCCUAGCUAAUGAGAUCUCUCAAAUUUCCAAUAUUUUAUGUUUUGAUGAAUUUCAAGUGACAGACGUAGCAGAUGCGAUGAUACUUCGAAGGUUAUUAACUUUAUUAUUAUCACCUGAUAAACAUGGGAUUGUCUUGUUUGCUACAUCUAAUAGAUCACCUGAUGAAUUAUAUAUUAAUGGAGUUCAAAGGGAAUCUUUUAUUCCUUGUAUUGAAUUGAUUAAAGAUAGGACUAAAGUUAUCUUACUUGAUUCUGAGGUUGAUUAUAGGAAAAUUCCAAGACCAAUGUCAUCAGUAUAUACUUAUCCUACUAAGGAGAGUGGUUUGAAAUGGGACUCUAAGGAAUUUAAUGAAAUUAAAAGAGCUCAUAUUAAGGAAUGGUAUGAUUAUUUUGCACAAGAUCGUCGUCAUCAGAAGAGGAAAGAUCGAAGACAAAAGGGAGAUAAUAACGCGGAAAAGUUUAAAGAUUAUUCAUUAACUAUAUGGGGUCGUGAAUUUAAGGUACCAUUAUGCUCACCACCAAGGGUAGCACAAUUUACAUUUAAAGAAUUAUGUGGACAACCACUUGCUGCGGGUGAUUAUUUAGCAUUAGCGAAUAAUUUCCAAGCUUUCAUUAUAACGGAUAUACCAUAUUUGACUAUAAUGAUGAGAGAUGAGGUGAGACGGUUUAUUACAUUUUUAGAUGCAGUUUAUGAUAAUGGUUGUAAGUUAGCCACAACUGGCGCUAAUGAUUUUACUUCAUUAUUUGUUGAACCUGAAGAUAUUUUGAAUGAUUAUGAAUUGAAAGAUUCACACAGUGAUGAUGUAAUUGAUAAAAUAGAUGGUAAUAAUGAUGAAUUAGUACUUAAGCAUGGGUUUUCUAAAGAAAUUGCAGCUAAAUCUCAUAUUUUUGCAAAGGAUGAAGAAAGGUUUGCAUUUGCAAGGGCAUUAAGUAGAUUAUCUCACAUGAGUUCUACUGAUUGGGUUACGAAAUAA